CCAACCCCGGCUUCCUCUCGGCCCCUCCUCAAACCGAAACCCUAGCCCCUAGAUCUCAAGGCCACUGGAGUUGAAGCCAUGGCGACGAGGGCUCUCUCGCAGAAGGAGCAGGACAUCCAGAUGUUGCUCGCUGCCGACGUGCACCUAGGCACCAAGAACUGCGAUUUCCAAAUGGAGCGUUACGUCUUUAAGAGAAGAUCUGACGGUAUCUUCAUCAUCAACCUUGGUAAAACUUGGGAAAAGCUUCAGCUAGCAGCUAGGGUUAUUGUUGCCAUUGAAAACCCCCAAGACAUCAUUGUUCAAUCUGCUAGACCUUAUGGACAGAGAGCUGUCCUGAAAUUUGCACAAUACACUGGUGCUCAUGCUAUUGCUGGAAGGCACACACCUGGAACUUUCACCAAUCAGCUUCAAACAUCCUUUAGCGAACCCCGUCUCCUCAUUCUCACUGAUCCUAGAACUGAUCACCAGCCAAUUAAGGAAUCUGCUCUCGGAAACAUUCCUACUAUUGCUUUCUGUGACACGGAUUCACCGAUGCGAUAUGUUGACAUUGGAAUUCCGGCUAAUAACAAGGGGAAGCUCAGUAUCGGUUGCCUCUACUGGUUGCUGGCUAGGAUGGUUCUGCAAAUGCGUGGUACUAUUGCUCCUGGGCACAAAUGGGAAGUAAUGGUAGACCUGUUUUUCUACAGGGAUCCUGAGGAGGCCAAGGAGCAGGAAGAGGAGGCUCCUGUGGCUCCUGAAUAUGGUGCAGUUGCUGAGUAUACAGGUAUGGUACCAAGUGACCAAUGGCCUACUGAACAGUGGGUUCCUGAUACAGGAGCUGUACCUCCUGUUGUUCCUCCAGUGCCUGGAGUUGAAUGGACUGCUACUCAAGGUGCUGUAGCUGGUGAUGGAUGGGAUGCUGCUGCUGCUCCUCCGACUGUGGAUGUUCCUCCUGUUGUGGAUGUUCCUCCUGUUUCUGCCCCUACUGGUUGGGAUGGCCAGCCUCCAGCUGCUCCCUCGGGAUGGGAGAGCUAGGAUUCAAAUGGAAUACAUAUCUUUUCUCAGAAAAAGAAGAGAGAAAUUAUUGAUCAUGACUUUUUUUUUGUUUAAUUUUGAGUUGCUGCUAUGAGUUCUAUUGCAGACUGUGGACUAAGAGUUCUUCAUGGGCAUUAUGACUGGGGCUUAAUUUUUGCUUUUAUGUUAAACUGUUCUUUGGAAUUAAAUGUCGUCGAAGGUUUAGAAAGAAGUUAGGUUUUAUUGUGUUAUUCUUUUGCUUACAAUCAAGAAAAAAUGAUGCUUGUCUAUUUCAA